AAGUCAUCUUCCUUGCUUUCAAAUUUUAUACUCUGCUUGAUUGAUAUGGAGAUCAAAUCCGGAAAUUUGUUGCAUGAAAACAUUGAUUCUACAUAUGAUAAAUUAGCUGAACUGAAAGCUUUUGAUGAAACAAAAGCAGGUGUAUUGGGUCUUGUACGACGUGGUGUGACAAAGAUUCCACGCAUGUUCUAUUCUAAAGAAUUAAACAUUACUGAAAACUCUAAUGGUAACACAAAGUUAAGUGUUCCCGUUAUUGACCUCAAAAACAGAAACAACGAUCCUGCUCUUCGUGUGGAAAUUCUUAACCAAAUUCGAACUGCAUGUAAGGAGUGGGGAUUUUUCCAAGUGAUUAAUCAUGGAAUUCCUGUUUCUGUCUUGGAUGAAAUGAUUGAUGGAACUCUUAAGUUUCAUGAACAAGAUGAGGAUUUGAAAAAACCGUAUUACUCACGUGAUUUAGUAAAGAAAGGAGUUACAUAUUUCUCUAAUAUGUCCCUUUUUAGCGGAAAUCCAGCUGAUUGGAGAGAUACACUUGAUAUUGUUGUUGGUCCUGAAUCACUCAAAUCAGAUAAUGUACCAGAAAUAUGCAGGUAAGUAAGAUUUCAUUCUAAAUAGAGACUAGAGGUGUC